AGAGUCCAACUCUUUCUCUCUUCUCUCUCCCUCACUGUUACUGUCGUCUCGCUGUCUCUCCAUUAAUCUCCACAGCUUCGCAAAAAAAAUUAAAAAAAUCAUUCACUGCAGAAUCUCACCUCUCUCACUCUCUCUCUCUCUCUCUCUCUGCUCUCUCAUCCUCGAAUCUUCAUUGGUCUUCUUCGUCCUUAAGGCUUAAGCUAGUACAGUAAGGAAUCUUUGUCCUCCCCCCCCCCCCCCCACUUUUUCUUCCUCCAAAUUGAUAGAUCUGAUACAUAUUGAGGAAAUGUCACAGAGAAUGUUGGAGUUUCCCAAUUAGGGCUUUUUUCUUUUUCAUUUUGGGCAAGAAAAUUAAAAAAAGAAAUGGAGACGAGGAUGAAGAAGUACAGAGAAGGAGUGAGUCCAGAGAGAGCAAAAGUGUGGACAGAGAAAUCACCAAAGUAUCAUCAGAAGAUCAAGAAAGUCCAAAUUGUUUAUUACCUCUCCAAGAAUCGUCAGCUCGAGCAUCCUCAUUUCAUCGAAGUCUUGCUUUCUUCUCCCAACGGUUUAUACCUUAGAGAUGUUAUAGAGAGACUUAAUGUUCUUAGAGGCAGAGGCAUGGCUUCAAUGUAUUCUUGGUCUAGUAAAAGAAGCUAUAGGAAUGGUUUUGUGUGGCAUGAUUUAUCAGAAGAUGACUUGAUUCUACCUGCUCAUGGGAAUGAGUAUGUUCUUAAAGGCUCUGAGAUCAUUGACGAAUCCACUGCAGAUCACUUUAGCCCAAUUGAGAGUUCAGCAACACAAAACAUGAAGCAGAUAGUUGUGGAGCCACCACCAUCAUCAUCUAGAAGCAUGGAUGAUUCCUCUUCCUCUAAUAAUAAGCAUUCUCAGGAAGAUGAUGAUGAGCUUUCUCCUCCGGCUCUCCGUUCUGUUUCCUCUCCUGAUUCCAGAGACGCCAAGAACUCGACUUCUUGGUGUUUAGCUGAGUACAAGGUGUACAAGAGCGAGGGGCUCGCUGAUGCGUCCACACAAACCGAUGAAACCGUCAACAACAAACCUGUAGAGACCUUAAGCAGAGGCGUUUCAACCGAUGAUGCUGCGUCUCUCUCAUCAUCAGAAUCUGAAUCAAGCGAAGAGCCUUCUUGUGAAGGGAAGGAGGAGAUAGAGAGUGCAGAGACACCAAGAAACUCUGUCUCUCCUCCUCCAGUUUCCAACAGCGCCUCUUCUCUUACCUCAAAGACUGAUACGUUGGAGUCUCUCAUAAGAGCUGAUGUUAGUAAGAUGAAUAGUUUUAGGAUUCUCGAACAGGAAGAUGUUCGAAUGCCGAGGCUCAGGGCCUCCAACAUGCUGAUGCAGUUGAUAUCAUGUGGUUCGAUAUCAGUCAAGGAUAACAAGUUCGGGCUUGUGCCUAGUUACAAACCCAAGUUUGGCCACUCCAAGUUCCCUUCACCUUUCUUCUCUUCCUCCUCGUUUAUGAUGGGAGAUGUUGACCGUUUGUCUGAAACUCCGAGUCUAGUGAGCCUGAGGCUUGAUGAGAAAGAGUAUUUCAGUGGGAGCUUGGUGGAGACCAAGUUACAGAAGAAAGAUGCUGCGGAUGGGAACGCUUCUCUUAAGCGUUCUUCAUCCUAUAAUGGUGACAGGGCUUCAAACCAAAUGGGUGUAGCAGAGAAUGGAGACUCGAAGCCGGGUUGUUCGAAACACAUUCCACGCUCUAGAAAGGCUUCUUCUUCUAUUGUAAGCAAGCAGCAACCACGUAGCGAGUCCAUGAGAUCUCCUGUCUCGGUAAAGACAAGAGACUCAUCAAAAAAUACUACCAGGAAGAUUCCCAGUCCCUCUAAGACGACUGAUGUUUGCAGUAAAAGAACAACCGAAUCUUUAUUGAAGCCUAAAGAAGAUUCAGAGAAGGUGAUCAAGAUCGAGGAAAGGCUUGCUUCAGGGGCGCGGGUUAUAAUAGAAUCUAAAGUGCCUCCAAGCAGUUCAUGAAGAGCUCUAUCCAAGUAUCUUUUUUUUUU